AUGUCUGUAAAAAGGAAAUCUACUUCUUCCCGGCUGUUUGUAGCAGCAAUAGAUAUUGGAAAAACAUAUUCAGGAUAUGCAUAUUCUUACAAAUCAGACUGGACAAAGGUUUUCAUGAACAAAUGGGAAGGAGGUCAGCUGAUGACCCAUAAGACCCCAACAGCUCUUCUGUUAAAUCCAGACAAAUCGUUUAACUCUUUUGGAUAUGAAGCCGAGAGAGCAUACGGAUAUAUUGCUGCAGAUGGCGGAGAUGAAGGUCGAUCGUACAAAGAAUACUACUUUUUCCAUCAAUUUAAAAUGACGUUAAUAAUAAGUUUCACGAAGAGAGUUCAUAGAGAGACAAAGUGCACAGACGAAAAUGGACGGGAGUUGAUGGCAAUGGAAGUUUUCGCGCACAGUAUACGAUAUUUAAAGGAUCAUCUUUUACAACAUAUAUUAGAUAGACAUGUAUGCGAACCGUAUGGUUUAGACGUUAAUGACAUAGCUUUUGUUCUAACCGUUCCAGCGAUAUGGGAUGACACAGCCAAAAUGUUUAUGCGUGAGGCUGCCAUAAAGGCUGGAAUACCAGGCGAUCAGCUUGAGAUAGCUUCAGAGCCAGAAGCAGCAUCCAUUUACUGCCACUUGAUGCAUCUAGAUGAAACCCAAAAAGACAACACUAUAAAAAGCUUCACCAGAGGGCCUGGCGAGAAAUAUAUGAUGGUGGAUCUCGGAGGCGGUACUGCUGACAUUACAGUACACCAAUUGCAAGAAAACAAGACCCUAGCAAAGAUUGUGCUGUCCUUUGGCAGAGAAUGGGGUGGAAACAAUGUUGAUAGAGUUUAUAGGCAGUUCUUGGAGGAAAUCUUUGGAAGCAGUGUGCUUGAAACAUUCGAAAGGGAUCCAGAGGAUAUCAUAGAAUAUUAUGAAUUUUGGCAAAACUUUGAAGUAAAAAAGAUUGCAUGUUCCAUGAAAUCCAGUAAGAUCCGUUUAAGUAUUCCAAUAGCAUUAACAGAUAUAGCAAAAUAUCAUAGGAAAAUAAAGGGAAAUCAUCGUGAAAUAAUGGAAACGUGUUUAAGAGAAUCAAAAUAUUGCGAUGCAGGUAUAUCUUGUGAAGGAGGGAAGCUAAAUUUGCCCAUUGAAAUUUUUGAAAAUUUCUUUUGUCCAAAUAUACAUAAACUCGUCGAUCACUUGUCAAAAAUGUUUAGAGAUGAACUGGAUUCAGAUGUUAACUCAAUCUUGUUCGUUGGGGGCUUUUCAGAAUGCGAGUUAGUGCGAGAGCGACUCAAGCGCCGUUUUGGAGACACUAAACAAUUAGUGUUUCCAGACGAAGCAAGCCUUGCAGUCUUGAAAGGGGCGGUGUACUUUGGUCACAGCAAAGACCUACAUGUAGUUGCAAGAUUUACUUACGGGUUUCACAUUUGCCCAAAAUUUGACAAAUCCAAACAUUCUAUUGAUAGAAAGAUAAUGGUGAACGGAGAAGAAAGAUGUCGAGACGUGUUCUUAAAAAUAUUUACUAAAGAAGAUCCAAUCACACCAGGUUUAAAAAAGUCCCAAUAUUUUAAACCACUUGCAAAAGGCGAAAAUGAGCUUGAGUGUGGCGUUUUUGUAUCAAAUCAGAGAAACCCAACGUACAUUGAUGACCCUGGUUGUGUAAAGCUGGGGACCGUUGCAAUUCCGCUAAGAAAAAACGAACGCCUAACGAAUGCGGAAAUCGAGGAAUCGAUAAUUUUGUGGCAUACUUAUAUUGAAGUUACAUUAUACAAUUGUAGAACUAAACAGAAAAACGAACGCGUUUUUGAUCUUCUCUCUCCAGAAAUUCACCUGCCAAAAAAUAACAUUGAAAUUUGAUAGCCUGAACCUGGUCAUAGCUCCAGGAAAAUUUCAAACAUGCAUGCAUGUCAAAUCAAAUUGUACAUCUGAAUACUAGCUCAUAACCGAACAUGCACUGCCAGACAGUACGUGUAAAAUACCCGUACUUGUUGUUGAUUAAAAUAUUAUGGCUUCAGAUAUCGAUCAUUUAUAUUAAACUAGUCAAACAGGUAGUAGGAAAAAAAUCAACUUUAGAUUAUAAAAUUUAGUUUACAUUUUUUGUCGCAUAAACUUGUAAAGUGUGAAGAAUAAACACUUGUGUGUAGUUGGUGACUUAGGAAAGGCAUUCGAUAUAGUUUGGGAAAAUGGUCUUUGGAAUAAAUUAUUUAAAAGUGAAAUAAAUGAGAAAUGAUUUGAUUAUCUUAGAAAUAUGUUAACAGUUUAUGGAAGUCUAAUCAAAGACUAUUAUGAAUGAUGUACCCUUGAAUUUUUAAGCUGUAAAUGUGUCUCCAUUGUUAUUAUCUGUAUACAUUAAUGGUUUGGAAUAUUUUUUGAUGAAUAAACACAUAACUGGUUUACAAAGUGUCACUAGAAAAUGGACUAUUUUUAUAUCUCAAACUCUGUAACUGUUUUUAUACUGAUAAUACUGUAAUUCUUACUGAAACAGCUGAAGAUUUACAAAAUGCUCUGAGUGAAUGUUAUUCAUACGGUGAGCAAUAAAAGCUAAAUAUUGAUAUUAAUAAAACAAAAAUAUUGGUAUUUUAUAAACGCCCGGUGAAAAAAAGGAUUUUUUUUUUUAAAACGGAGAUACAGAAAAUGUAUUUAAAAAAUCAGAUCCCUGAAAUGAUUUUUUCACGCUCAGGGAUCAGAAUAUUCUCUUUUGAG